AUGGCGGAACACUUGGCGUCCAUUUUUGGAACUGAGAAGGACAGGGUAAACUGCCCAUUCUACUUCAAGAUCGGCGCUUGUCGCCACGGCGAUCGGUGCUCGAGGCUUCACACUAAGCCCAGCGUCAGCCCAACGCUUCUCCUCUCGAACAUGCUUCACACUAAGCCCAGCGUCAGCCCAACGCUUCUCCUCUCGAACAUGUACCAGCGGCCCGACAUGAUUACUCCCGGCGUCGACGCUCAGGGCCAGCCCAUCGACCCCGAAAAAAUGCAAGAGCACUUCGAGGAUUUUUAUGAAGAUCUUUUUGAGGAGCUGAGCAAGUAUGGAGAGAUUGAAAGCUUGAAUGUUUGUGACAAUCUGGCUGACCACAUGGUGGGAAAUGUUUAUGUUCAGUUUAGAGAGGAAGAACAUGCUGCGAAUGCCCUCAAAAAUCUGACUGGAAGAUAUUAUGCUGGCAGACCAAUCAUCAUUGAUUUCUCGCCUGUGACUGAUUUCCGUGAAGCCACGUGCAGACAAUAUGAGGAGAACAGCUGCAAUCGUGGUGGGUAUUGCAACUUUAUGCAUCUGAAAAGAAUCGGCAGGGAGCUGAGACGCCAGUUAUUUGGGAGGUAUCGGCGAAGGCGCAGUCUAAGCCGAAGCAGGAGCAGGAGUCCCUACAGGCAUCGGAGCUAUGAGGAGCGGUCUCAUGGCAGUCGUGGCCAUAGUUGGAGGUAUGAUGACUGGGAAUACCACCAUGAGAGUCAGAGCAGAAGGCACAAAAGCUCGAGCCCUGGGCAUAGGAGAGGACGAAGCAGGAGCCCUGGGGGCAGGAGGAACCGUAGUCCAGUUAGGGAAGGUAGUGAAGAGAGACGUGCUAAAAUCGAGCAGUGGAAUAGGGAAAGAGAACACGCGGAGUUUGCUAACAAGAAUGCUCGUGAUGCCACUGAUAUCAAAGAAGCUGACUACAAUGGAUACGUGCAUAAUGGAGAUCAGCACUACAGUCAGCAGCAGCAGCGAAGUGGAUAUGGAUAUUGA